GGGGAGGAGGCGGGACUACGGCGGGCCGGAGCUGGCGCCGAGCGCGGUGGGAGAGCAGCGGGUACCCGGCUGGCUUGGCUGGCGGCCUCUGCCCGCACCUCUGCGCCGCAGCCCCGCGUCUCUCCCGCCCUUGGCUCCGGCUCUGCGGCCGGCGGCGUAGAGGAGCCGGCGGAACCCUGGACCGCUGUAUCUGGAGAAGAACAGAAGAAUUAUUAUGCCUGUGUUCCCUCGGGAUUCUUUGGAAAUCGCACAGUGACGUCAUCUGGGAUUUAGUCUGGAGUGUGCAGCCUGGUGCCUACGAUGGAAGUAGAUAUAAAUGGGGACUCCAGGAGCGCCUUGACCACGCUGCCGUUACCUGUGGCCGAGGGGAGCUCGCCAGGGAAGGCAGAGGCAGAGAAACCCCGCUGCUCUAGCACGCCAUGCUCGCCCAUGCGUCGGACUGUGUCUGGUUACCAGAUCCUCCACAUGGACUCUAACUAUUUGGUGGGCUUUGCUACUGGUGAGGAACUCCUGAAGUUAGCCCAGAAGUGCACUGGAGGGGAAGAGAGCAAGGGAGAAGCCAUGCCGCCCUUCCGCUCCAAACAGCUGGAUGCAGGACUUGCACGCUCCUCUCGUCUGUAUAAAACUAGAAGUAGGUACUAUCAGCCAUAUGAGAUUCCAGCUGUCAAUGGCAGGAGGCGAAGGCGGAUGCCCAGCUCGGGAGACAAGUGCACCAAAUCCUUACCUUAUGAACCUUAUAAAGCACUCCAUGGGCCCUUGCCUCUGUGUCUUCUUAAAGGCAAGAGGGCUCACUCCAAAUCCCUGGACUACCUCAAUCUAGAUAAAAUGAACAUCAAGGAGCCAGCUGAUACAGAAGUGCUACAGUACCAGCUUCAACACCUGACGCUCCGAGGGGACCGAGUGUUUGCUAGGAAUAAUACAUGAGUGACUCACACAGAGCUUAAACCGCUUUAGGUCAGCCCGUACUCGGCUAGAGAAUAAUCUGCUGUCGUUCUCUGUACAUGACCCUUCACAUUAGAGAUGGUUAUAUCAGCUAAGUGUUCCUGGAACAUAAAAAAUAAAUAAAUAAAAGUUGUUUGGAUCAAGUUUUGGAUACAGGAAUGAAAUCACAGGUACUUGGGGCGGGGCGGGGGGAUAUCAUUCUAGAGCACGCAACUGCAAAGAAAACGGAAUGUGGACCGUUAAUUUGCAUAGCUUCCUAGCUAGAACAAGGUUUUGGUGCAGUAAUUUCACCUUUAUGAUUCAGACACUCAAAUUGGGAAUGUUACCUGCUUGGUUGUUGCUGACUUGGUAUGAUUCGUUAGAAAUUUAUAUUGAAGUACUCAGUGCUUCUUGGAUUUCUGUAUUUUACUAUACAAUGUAUGUAAUGAUUUGUCUUAAGAAAUUUAGCGCUUGGACACUGCUGAAUUGGACCACUUUUUAUUUUUAAAUAUUGAGUUUAAAUAUUUUAUAACUGGUUUUGCACUGAAAACAAUUAACAUUUCAGAUUAAGAGAAUAAUCUUUCUUCACUUGCUUCAAUACUAAUAUUGAGCAAUGGAUUUUUUUAUUUCCGCAUGGAAAGUUACCGAUCUCUAUGACUGUAAAAUAUUCCUUUAUAGCAUUAUUAAAGUGUGUCUUAAUGAAAUUAAAUUUGGGAUACAAAGUAUUUAUUUUACAAUGGGUAGUGGGUGGGAUUGCGUGUCCAGAAUGUUUGUGACAUGAUGGUUCCCAUCAGUCGGAAACAUUUCCUUAGUACUUAUUUUCUGAUUUAAAAUCCACAUGGAACUUGAAGAUGGACAGGAUUCUCUCCACUGGGUUGUUGGCAAGUACUGCUUGCAUCUCAGCAUCCUGUAAGUGAAUGCAGCUUCCGCAGAGGCUCUCCUGAUUUUGAUGAUCAAAUGCUUAGACUAACUAUGAGGGUGAUACCACUCAGCACAUCCUUGGGUCUUUCCAGGUUCUCUGCAGCAAGGCACUCUCUGAAAUUCCAGUUUCAGGAUUAGUGUAGGAGUCUAAUGUGCUCCUACAGUUUUAAUGGGCUAAUCCUGGAUUACCUAACAAUUUAUGUCUAUCACACUGGUUUAAUUUGUUGCUAAAGAAAUAAUUCCUUGCCUUUAGUAACAGAAGCAGCUCAACUACUCUUGACCAUAAAUGUAUGUAACUUACCUUUUGUAAACGUUUCUAUUUCAUUCUGUCUUAAAGGUGCAAUUUAUUAUUGGUUUGGCAUUUCUGGCUAUAUAGAACUACAUAUGUUGUUCUCUUUUCGGCACUUCGAGUUUCUUAGGGGUUAGCAGUCUUGCUUACAAAUUAAGAACACUUUUUAAUUGAUGAACGGGCCAUUCCUGGAACAGUUGUGGCUUUCCUCUGUCCAGAAUGAUUGGCAAAUUUUAUUUAGAGCAGAAUAAAUGUUCGAAGCCCCAGGAACUCUUAAUGGAUGCUUGUUAAGCAUUCGCACAGGCAGCCAUGUGACAGCAUGUAUGAGGGAGCCAUGGAAAUGCUGGCUCACAUCUUACUGAGCUGAUCAGAACGUUCCGUGACUGAGAAGUUUCCGAAGUUGUCUAUUUUAAAGUAAACUGCACCUUUGUAACAUAUUGUAUUGAUGAAUGAUCGCUAAGAUUAACUAUCUAUACAGCCAAUAGUUUGACAAGUAAUAGAAUCCUGUCAGAUGCCAAAGAGUUGGGAUUUUUACAUUUAAUGAUUAAACACCGUUAUUUAUUGCUGAUUUACCCUCUGGAACUGUAUUAUUUCUAACUAUGAAAUAAAAGGGUGAUGUAAACAUA